AUGUACAACCUCCGCGCCGCCUGGAUGAUGGUGGUCUGGGCCUUCCUGUUGUCGCUAUGGCUCACUGUCGCACAUGGCAUGCGAGAUAGCCAAGUUAAGGAAUUAAGACAAGAAACCGAGCGCAUGUUCUUCCAUGGCUUCGACAAUUACCUCCAAUACGCGUUCCCCGAAGACGAAUUGCGCGCCCUGACCUGCGGCCCUCUUGUUCGCGACGAGAAGAAUCCGGAAAAUAACGAUGUGCUCGGGAACUAUUCCCUGACCUUGAUUGACAGCUUGUCAAGCUUGGCGAUCUUGUCCUCGAGUCCGGACAGUGGGGAGAGAGCUUUGGCGCAUUUCCAAAAUGGCGUGGAGGAUUUUGUUAGAUUAUACGGUGAUGGUUCAGAUGGCCCUGCUGGUCAGGGCGAGAGGUCGAGGGGAUUUGAUCUGGAUAGCAAGGUACAAUUAUUUGAAACCGUGAUUCGGGGACUAGGUGGACUACUCAGCGCCCAUCUUUUCGCCGUCGGCGAGCUACCCAUAACGGGAUACGAGCCGUCAGAACGGGAAGCCGCGUUCGCAAGCGCAUGGGAUAAAAGUGAGUUUGAAAAAAGUGAACACGGCAUUCCAUGGAACAAGGGCUUUGUCUAUGAUGGCCAACUACUUCGACUUGCUGUGGAUCUGGCCCACCGUUUGCUCCCGGCAUUCUAUACUGAGACCGGUCUUCCCUACCCUCGGGUCAACCUCCGUCACGGGAUCCCGUUCUACGAGAAUGCGCCUCUUAAUCUCAACUCGACAGAUGCCGAGCGAAAGCGCAAAUCUAAAAACACGGCAUCGUUUGAGCCUGCUGAGACUUGUAGUGCCGGUGCGGGCAGUCUAGUCCUCGAACUGACUGUCCUGAGUCGACUCACCGGUGAUGGGCGAUAUGAAGACCUGGGUAAACGCGCAUUUUGGGCAGUUUGGAACCGACGCAGUGAUAUCGGACUCCUUGGAUUUGGUAUUGAUGUGGAGUCGGGGAAAUGGGUUGGACCAUGGGCCGGAAUCGGUGCGGGUAUCGACAGCUUCUAUGAAUAUGCUGUCAAAGCUCAUGUCCUUUUGUCUGAAGGAGAGCGUCUGCCCUUUGACCCAGAAAGCCCCUGGGCAGCCUUGGACUCGUACUAUGCCCCCCUGGCGGACUAUCAGCAUACCCCAGAGGCCUUCCGGCAAGUCUGGGAAGAAUCGCACGCUGCGAUCAAUCGCCACUUAUUCCGAGGUGAAGGAUAUCAACAUCCCCAUUUGGUUGUAGGGGAUGUACUCACCGGUGCCACGCGAGCUUUUUGGAUCGAUAGUCUGAGCGCCUUCUAUCCCGGAGUCCUCGCCCUGGAUGGAAAGGUAGAUGAAGCUAUCCAGAUUCAUUUGCUGACUACCGCCAUCUGGACACGCUACUCGGGUAUUCCUGAGCGAUGGAACGUGGCCACUGGUGAUAUUGACAACGGAAUGCCGUGGUAUGGAGGCCGACCCGAGUUCAUCGAAUCGAAUUACUACAUUUAUCGGGCAACUCAAGAUCCCUGGUAUCUACACGUUGGAGAGAUGGUUCUCAGCGAUCUCAAGCGGCGCUGCUGGACCAAGUGCGGCUGGGCUGGCAUUCGAGAUGUUCUGACUGGCGAGCUCAUCGAUCGGAUGGAGAGCUUCUUCAUCGGCGAGACAGCUAAAUAUCUUUAUCUGCUGUUCGAUCAGGAUCAUCCGCUGAACAAGAUCGAUGCACCCUGGGUUUUCAACACCGAAGGUCAUCCUCUCAUAAUCCCGAGAAAGAUACCAUCUCCUCGUCGGCAGCAAUCGCCACCCCAGGACCAGAACGUCGGCGGAGUAUGUCAAAUUACUCCUUCCACGUUCUUUGGCGUAUCUUCCACUGCAUCCCGUUCAGACAUUUUCCACGCUGCCACCUUGGCUCGCUUGGAACUAAUGCCUGACCGAGGAAUGGCCGAGGGCCCCAUUUUGGAGGGCUCUUCUGGACAUCAAAGUGUGUUUGUGUCCGAUCUCUCAUCACCAACCAACUACACAUUCUACCCGUGGACGUUGCCUCCCCAGCUCGUCCCAUUCAAUGCGACCAGCGCACCUAUGGCUGUUCGUCCCACGCUCGAUAUCUCAUUCCCAGCACUUCCAGGCGGUGUAAACCUCGGACCGGGAGCACUAGAACGUGUCCGAGACGGAGUUCUUGUGAAAACGAUUGGAGGGCUUCGAUUGAGUAUGGUUCAAGAUGUACGUCUGGAAGACCCGACACCCAUGGCUGGGGAGGAGGACGGGUACCGGGUGCAAGUGAUCAACAAUGUGCCUCUGGGCAAAGAUGAGAAGGUAUAUCUCUCUCGCCAGAUCACCUUUGAUGUCGUCGACCCUUAUGAUCCGCACUUCACCCGGGUCCGCGACAAUGCCAUGCUUGACCUUGUCAUUGACGUUCUCCCAGAGCCCUCUCACCGACGUAAUGAUUCGGCUCAUCCACGAGAUGAACAACCUCAAGCAGAGAAUCCACACCCGCCACAGUCCCAUCUCGGAGGCCACAACCCCGCCUCCUCUGUCGAAGAUGCCGCAGUUGUUGACGCCCCGGACUCAACUGUAAAAGCCAUGCUGUCGUCUCUGAUGAACUCGGUGUCUUCGUUACUUCGCGAUGAGCCGGCUGAACCCGCGCCUCUCAGACUGAGUCUGCCCGCUGCUAUCUCCACGGGUAUCGGUGCCAGCCCGCUACCGGAUAUUGAGGAAGCAGUCAUUACCUCCUUAUUUGGUAACCCAUCCACAACCCGUCUGUCAUGGUCAACUAUAUACUUCGCCGAUGAGCUCUGUAACGAGAAAAUCCUUCGUGAAGUUGCACAUAGCCACGAGGUUCUCGUCAUCAAACGCGGUGGCUGCACUUUCUCCGAGAAGCUCCGCAAUAUCCCUGCCUACCGACCAACGAGAUCUGCGCUGAAGCUCAUCAUUGUCGUCUCAUACGACGACAUGCCAUCACCAGGCUUCGAUAACCAAAAGAAAGAACAAAUGAGUCAUUCCGGGUCUCGAUCUACUGCCAUCGCCGCUGUCCGCGCCGAGUCCACUCUUAUCCGCCCACAUCUCGACGAAGCCCAAAUGACAGCCAGCGGCAUCCCACGGAAUUACCUCAUCAGCAUGGUCAUGGUCGGCGGCGGAGACGAGACAUACGAGCUCCUACGGCAUGCAAGCGGCCUCGGAGUCCAGAGACGAUACAGCAUGCGCUCUCGUGGCGUCCCCAUCACGAAUCUACAUAUUGUUUGA